UCCCGUUGAUUGCGGUCGUAAGAUUAGUGCGCACAAAUAAAACUAGGACUCGUGCUGGGAACAACAUGCAGAAGAGAGGCGAAGAUUAGCAAAGGAGAGAGCAGAUGGCUGAGAGUUUGACAGUAGUAAGCCAGGCGCGGUACGCAAAUUUAUACAGAUGUUCGUUGUACUGUUCACAGUGCUGCAUGCUUGUUUAUCGGUGCUCUGGUGUUUACACUCUGGAUACUACAUCGAACAAGAAGUGGCUCAUGGCCACUGAAAGGCGGCUGGAGUCUAAAUCUGUCAGCACAAGCUAGAUGCCUACUGUAUUUGGCGCUAGGAAUUUUAGCUAAUUGUGGAUAUUUUUAUUUGCAGGAACUGAACCUCAGAAAGCUAUUCGUUGAUAUUCUUACUGGUACAGCUGCUUGUCCAGUACAGAUAUUAUUUGUACCCAGUAGAUCCACUAGUGGGUAAUUCACAGCUGCUCUGAUAGGCUAUUCGAAAGUCCAUUUCAUACCAGCUGAACAUGGUUCUGGAGCUUUACUGGAAAGCCCUGUUGAAGUCUCAGAUGGGCUCAUACCUUAGCUGGACGCAGCCCAAAAGCAGGCGCGAGAAGACAGUUGUCGAUGAAGCUCCAGAAGAUCGCGGCCAGUCGGACCCGCCUAUCCCAGUCCAGCUUGCCGGGGAGGAGGACCGGCCGUCAUCCACACAAGUGCCGCCCACCUGGCGCUGCCGCCUGCCACCGAGGAAGACGGCAGAGCUGGAAGAGAUGGCCACACCCCUUCUGCCGCUGCCCGCCCCCUUCGGCCGGGCCUUGCACGGGAUUGGUACUGGCAGCUCCAGGACCCGCAGAGCCGCCUCCCUGGACAGCAUGUCAGGCUCCUCCCCACGUCGGGUGCGGCCAGCGGAGGCUGCUUCCCUCCCCCAGAGGCAGAGCCCCUCGCCCCGCACCCGCCUCCGGGUUCGCGGCAGCUCCGUGGAGUUCUCCAGCAGCCCGCGGGCCGGCUGGGAGGAGAGGCCGUUCCUGCCCACUGUCCUGGGCUAUGAGGUCAUGGAGGAGCGGUCCAAGUUCACGGUCUACAAGAUCCUGGUGCAGAAGUCACAGCAGGAGAGCUGGGUGGUCUUCAGGAGGUACACAGACUUUGCCAGGCUCAAUGACAAGCUGAAGGAGAUGUUCCCCGGCUUCCGUCUCUCCUUGCCGCCCAAGCGCUGGUUCAAGGACAACUACAACAGCAGCUUCCUGGAGGAGCGCCAGCAGGGCCUCCAGACGUUCCUGCAGAACCUGGUGGCGCACAAGGACGUGGCCGGAUGCUUGCCAGUUCGAGACUUCCUGUGUCUGGACGACCCCCCAGGUCCAUUUGACAGCCUUGAGGAGAGCAGAGCCUUCUGUGAGACUCUGGAGGACUGUAACCACCGGCUGCAGAAGGAGCUGCAGGAGAAGCAGCGAGAAAUCAACACUCUGCGGAAGAUGCUCAAUGAGCAGCAGCUUCACAUCAAUACGCUGGAGCGAGCCCUCCGCAGAGAGUCCCUGACCCCCGGAAGCUCCUGCCAGUUCUCCAUUCAGGGUAGCGAGAGCAGCGUGGAUGAGAACGCAGACGGGGAUGUGGAAUGCUCUGCAACAGAGGCGGACCAGGAGAUGGAUGAAAAUGGCAGCUGCAGUGUUCAGACCUCCAGGCGUUCAUCCUGCUGGUGUGGGCCAGCCAUCAGUGGCUCCCCGCCCACCAUGCAGUUGUCUACCGGCCAGCUUGAGUACUGACCCCCUCCCACCAGACCUCACUGCCUUCCAGUCCCCUCCUAGCAGACCUUGGGUGUCAUCGAUCCUGCGUGCAGCGAUGGACAAAGGGCCCUCCCUCCCUGUUCAUUAACCGUGGAUCCCAGACACGGGACUCUGUGAUCCUUAUGUACCCCAAACCUCACUGCACGCAGCAUUGCAGGAAACACAACCUGUUGGUCUUCACGGGUUUGAUGGAUGGCCGUUACCACGGUAAGAACAUCCCUGGUAAUUAUGGUGAUAGAAGGUUUAUGCUCAUGUCCUUGAAUGGAUCUACUGACCAGGGUAAUGAUGUAAAGGUGUCCUAGGGUUUAAGAGGGGCAGAAGAGGAGGAGCUCUGAUAGUGCUGGGAAUCAGCUGAUGCCUGGCAUCGACCAGCAGGUGGCACCAGUUCUCAGCCAUAUGGAGGCCCGCAAGCCGACCAAAAGACCUGCUUGACUGCAGAUGUUUUUUUUUUUUAUUUAUUGUGUGUGUGUGCGUUGUCAAAAAAUGAAUUGAACAUUUCCGCUAGAAUUGAUUGGAGUGUUCAUUAUUUUUCCUGUUGGCAACAUUGUGCAUUUUCCUUUUAAGUGUUACACUAAUCCCAGGAAUCCAUUUAAUGAAAGUGACCCUUAACAAGGCUGAGGCCUCCAGCCUUGAACGGAAGGCAGGACUUGAACCUUUAAUCUCCCUUAGUCUGGGCAGAAGGCUUCCAUCGAUCCCGCGCUGCCGCGCAGUGCUGAAUGCUCUUAACGCUGUCAGGGCAUUUGAUUUAUACUCGGGUUCACUUUUUUAUAAAGAAUUUUAUACUACAACAAAGUAAAAUGUUUAGUGACAUAAACUAGGUAACGAUGUCAUGUAGUUUAUAUAAAGAUACUAGCAAAAAAAAUAAAACUGAUUUCUGCAUA